AUGAUUUUUUUCUGCUACUCUACAGGACAAAUGGGGAAGAACACAGUAAACAAUCGAAAGAAAAAGUUAGCAAAAUUACGCAAAAAGUCUGCUGCGACCCUUAAUGUAGCAUCACUGACAACAGAUGAACUUUUAACCCGUGCUCAGGAACAAAUAGAUUGUUUCCAUUAUGAAAGAGCUCAGUACUUAUGUCAAGAAGCCUUAAAACGAGAUCCAGAUAAUGUAUCAGCACUGGAGACAUCAUCAAGUUUAUGUCUUGAAGUUGGAAACCUAGAUGGAGCUAAACAUUGCUUGGGACGAGCUAUCACAUUAAAAUCAGAAGAAGGUUAUGCAAAGUACAUGUCCAUGGCCCAGUUACUGGAAGGCAAAGAAUCUCUCCAGUGCUAUCAAAAGGGCAUUGAAAUUCUAACUAAAGUUAUAACUGGGCUUCAACACUCAGUUAAAGAAAACAAAGCAAAAUGCUCUGAGAAUAAUUCUAAUGAUAUAUCAGCUACAAAACCAGAAAUGGCAGCAGAUGAAAAUGAAUCUAAAGAUGAUAGUAAAGAGACAAUUAUUGGAGCUACAAAGACUGAAAAUGACCCACUCCCCUCAAGUUCCUUGGUAGAACCUGAAGGCAAUAUGGCAGACCUUGUUCGGCAACUUUCUACUGCAAAUUGCUCUGUGGCAGAACUAUUUAUGACAGAUUUAUGUGAUGAAGAAGGUGCAGAGGAACAGUGUCGUUCUAGUAUAACCAAUGCCAUUCAAGCUGAUUCCAACAAUCCAGAGGCAUAUCAGCUUAUGGUAAGUAGCACAAUAUUUUUUUUUCAUAAAUCUCUGAAUUAAUAUAAAAUUAGAAAA